UGUAUUUAUAAAUCGUCAUAAAGAAAAGUAAAUAAAUUAUAUUUUUACAAAAGUUUUCUAUAAUGCCUAAAGCAAAGAAAAGAACCGAUAGUUCAUCUAGCAGUGAUUCUGGACCCGACGAUAGAAAUGUACCACCGGUGAAAAAAUCUAAAACAAGUAGCAAGUCAGAAAAUCGAAAUGGUCCUUGGACAAUUGCGUCAGGUGCGUAUAAAUGAGUUUAAAAGCUGAAAAAUGGUGGACAUCCGUGAGUUUUACGAAAAAAUUGUAUGACACAAAAAAAAAGCUUAUCGAAGGUCUCUAUAAUGCGGGAGACACGUGUCUAAUUGUUGAAGAUGUCAUAACAUCUGGUUCAAGCGUUUUUGGAUACAGUACGCGAUUUGCAAAGAGAAGGUAUUGUUGUCACCGAGUUCAUCGUCAUCGGCACAAAUCAGGACAAAUUUUGGCAGCAGAAAAGACUCGUGAGCAUGCUCUUCUUGCUUUCACCCUUGGUGUGAAACAACUGAUCGUUGGUGUCAACAAGAUGGAUUCGUCUGAACCACCAUACAGUGAGGUUUGUUAUGAGGAAAUCGAGAAGGAAGUAUUCUCAUCCAUCAAGAAGAUCGGUUACAAUCCAGCUGCUGCUGCAUUCGUGCCAAUCGCUGGCUGGCAUGGUGAUAACAUGUUGGAAGCAUUCACCAACACGCUAUGGCUCAAGGGAUGGAAGGCUGAACGUAAGGAAGGCAAGGCUGAAGCUUUAAUUGCAGUCUUUAUAGAGUGUUCACCUGCUAAGACAUCAUCAACAUACAUGCACUUCCUGAGUAUGUUUGAGGCUACUGGUAGUGAGCUUUCAACGUCGUCAGCUAAUUGAAGUAAUGUCCUUAUUGCCGGAUACGGAGCGGAGUUGAUUCCGAACGUUACCGCCUUCAAUUCGAAUAUAAUGGUUUGCUCGGUCGGGCGGUUGCGGAAAAUGAUUCGCUGGUACUUCGUUUGAUCAGCCUUCAACAGGAUUUAGCGAUACAUCUUCUCAAUAUCACUAUUGAAGUUGCUUGCGAUGCAUUGAACACCACAUGCGCGUUUGUCGAUGUGCUCUCUUCUUUCUUUACGGCGUGGUGAGGCAGGUAAUAGUUGUCACUAGAGUCGGCCGUUUGAUUGGUAUGUAUCUUUACCAUAUGACCCAGCUCAACGUAUUCAUUUAAAACCCUGUUGUAUUCUUUUUGCAGAUUUUCAUCUCUUGACAACCGAGCUUCAUUGCGAUCAAACUGAGGGCACGCAGUCUUUAAGGAACGACCUAGAUUAAUUUUGACCGGAUAGUCUUUCCUGAAUGGUAGCGAUACAACGUACUUCCCGUCUUCAUUUCGCUUCGUUGUCUUUUUAUGGAGCAAUACCUGUCUUCCUCGCUUAAUUUCCUUUCCUUUGACAUCUCUUCCAAUCCCCAGAACGAAGCUAACUGCUUUUCCAGCGAUAAUUCGUUAUAAUACGAGACGCAAGUGUUGAUUGGCUUAAUUGUAUUAUCACGCCCCGUGACUAUCCAACCGAACACUGUCUCUUGCGCAAGAAGUGAUCCCAGUACGUUCUUGCGUAUGCCAUCGAGCAUAAACUGGCAAGUCGGCAAGUUUCCUGUUAAUUUCGGCAGAACCAUCAUGUUCGUUGUUAUCGAUAUAAGUGGGUCAAUUGGUGACCGCAACUCGACAAAACAUGAUUCCUUUACUUGCGCAGAUACGGUGUUGUUGAUGAGUGAACUGCAUAAAUGGAGCAUUUGUAAUUAUUUAUGCAUAAAAAAGCUGAGGGCGUAUUAAAUUAUGUUUUAAACGUGUGAUUUAGAGACAAAAACACACCAAUAAAUAUCAAUUUGAAAUACUAGUGGAUAUAAUGAAGUUGCACUCAGACAUAGUUAAAGGAUUUUCUCAAGGAGCACCCGCGGAAAUAAAUGUUUUUUGGGAAGACACUUCAGAAAAGUUAAACGCUAUGGGCCCUCCAGUCAAGGACUAGACUGGAUGGAAAAAGGUUUAAAAAAAUAUCACACUUUUAUAUUAUCGGUUAAUAUUGGUUCAUUUAUAUGUUUGGACUGAUUUUAAAUAUUCAGUUAAAAGGAAAAUGGCCCCUCAAACAAGUAAAUUUAUGUUCCCUCGAAGAGGAGGUCAGGGCUAUACUUACCCUUAAUAAAAUAUAUAGCAUAUGUCACUCACUAAAUAAAUUAUUAAAAUCUACUGAGUUAUUCACUACUGCCCGUGGAUCACACGCGUUAAAUUAGGAGUAAAACAAUUCCCCCUU